UUACUUUGCGGGAUGGAUAGGUAGGAAGCCAAUUCCAUAGGUAUCUCUUAAGUCCAACAGCCUAUGUCUCUCAGUGGACUCCUACUUGCAAAAAGGAUGUCCUACGUAUUUUCCAUAAGCGUACUAAGGUAUAUACCCUAUCAACUAAAAUCUAAGUUUUGAUUGAACCUAUAUAUGACAUAGAGUUGAAUUCACUAGCUUCCAAGUUCCCAACCAGCCCUCAAGUUUCAGAGCCUUUUCUAAUAUCCUUGAAACUUUCUCUUCCUUGUUAUUCCUCUAAGAGACAUAUAUAUAUAUAUAUAUAUAUAGAACAAUGUGUUUUCACUUGCCAAGAGUAGUUCAAGCUAAGCAGCUUAUUCAGAGAUCUUUUUCAAAUACAGACCAAGCCUCUUCAACAUCAGUAGAUGUUCCAAAAGGGUAUUUGGCUGUUUAUGUUGGGGAGAGCGAUAAGAAGCGAUUUGUGAUUCCUGUUUGGUACCUGAACCAGCCUUCAUUCCAAGACUUGCUAAGUGAAGCUGAAGAAGCAUUUGGAUUUGAUCAUCCUACGGGUGGUCUUACUAUUCCCUGCGGGGAAGAUGCCUUUGUUGAUCUUAUUUCUCGUUUGAACGCCUCAUUAAGUGUUAUGUAAUAGAAAACAAUCCAGUAAACAAAUGAUAAAUUGUUACAAUUUUGUAAGGCGGAUGAUGUAUACACUAUAUACCAUGUAGCUAGACUUUUUUAUUUUCUCUUGAGGAGUGAGAAAAAUGUUCCAAAUAUAUAGCGAUAUAAAUUGCCUUUUGUUACAAUAUUUUCUUCAAAGAUUUAUAACUUGGAUAUUGGAACUUUUGUUUCUAUAGAUA